AUGAACUUUGGGCUAUUCGACUUCAUCGACUUUGCGUUUGCUCUCCCAGACGCAGAUUUCAAACUCGUCUUUGAUUCGCCUGAUGCGUCUACCUUACUCCGCAACCUCGUGUCUGAUGCGCAUGCUGCAUCCACGUCGGUCAAGAUUAGUAUUGGGGGAUGGACAGGCAGUCACUAUUUCUCGCAAGCGGUGUCUACACCAGCUAAUAGGAACACCUUCGUCAACAAUAUCCUCGACACCUACACCGAAUACAACCUCGAUGGCGUCGACAUCGAUUGGGAGUACCCCGGACAAGCAGGCAGACAAGGCAACACCCAAAGUCCAAGCGAUGAAGAGAACAUGCUCGAGUUCCUGAAGCUUCUUAGGCUAAAGCUCCCCCUAGGAGCGAAAAUAUCAGCCGCUGUUCAGAACACUCCCUUCGCCGGCCCCGACGGUCAACCUAUCAAGGACGCGUCUGGUUUUGGGAAGAUAGUUGAUUGGAUCUUGCUCAUGAAUUACGACGAUUUUCAAGCUGUAACCCCCCCUGGUCCGAAUGCGCCCCUGUACGAUGGGUGUGGAAAUUCUACUCAGCCAUCCCAGAACGCAGUAGCCGGGUACAACGCCUGGACAGCAGCAGGUUUCCCUGCUAACAAAUUGGUUCUCGGCAUUCCAGCAUAUGGCUAUGUCAGCAACGUAGGCGUAGACCACCUCCGACAACGCCGCUCUCCUGAAGCCCCACGUCUCCACCGCCUCGCUAGGCGCACCACUGUUAAUUCUGAUGACGACCAUCAAAUCCAGUUUCGAGAUCUCGUGACCGAGGGCGUCCUGCAGCGUAAUAAUGACGGAACGUACGCCGCCGUGCCUUCAAGCGGCUUCCAACGUUCCUGGGAUCAGUGCUCCGCGACGCCCUUCUUGCAUUCAGACGCGCAGACUAUUCCGUACGACGAUCCCGAAUCUCUCGCCAUGAAAGGCGCGUUCGUAAAGAAGACGGGUAUGCUUGGAGUCAACAUGUUUGAUGUGCACGGGGAAACAGACCAGUGGGAUCUUAUUACGGCGACGCGGAAUGCUCUUUUUGGUGCACCAUCUACUCCGGCAUCUGAAUCUGUUUCAGCUUUGACACCUUCCUCGGGUUCGCCGCCUGCGCCUUCAAUUCCCGGGAAUCAGCAAGCGCUGGGUGGACCCUUGGCAUGA